UAUCGCUCAUCUCGCAUUUCUCAUACAGCUGUUUGUACAUUUUGUUAUGAAAUUUUCGGAAGGUUCUCAUUAAAAAUGCUGCGUUUAAUGACAAAAACUCGGCUCGUCAGGCAAAUUGUGCCAGCCACAGGAAUUUCCUCCUCUUCGCCACGCUUUUUUGCACAACAGAAAAAGGAAAACAAAAAGUUGGACGAGGAAGUUAUCAACAACGAGCCGAUUCAGUUCUUUGGAAGCCAGGCAGCCUCCUGGAGAGCUAAGGAUACGCGAAGUGGCGGAAGCGAUGAGUCGCUUUGGUACCAGCCCUACGUGAUCUCGGCCAGCUUGGCCAUAUUCCUCCUGUACUUCUGCUGCUUGCGGGAGGAGAGUGACAUCGACCAGCGGCUGGAGGGAAACCUUUACGACCAUGUGAGCGGCCUGGAAGAAGUCCAACUGACAGUCAACUACAAAUACAACAAGGAACACGGUCUGGAUACUAAAGAGCAGGAGAAGCGACUCGUAGAACUGGGCGUGGACUUGGGCCAGUUGAACGCUAAAUUGGCCGCUCAAUAGUCAUAGAAUUGGUUAUCUUUACGUGUUUUGUUUCAUAAGUUGACAUUGAUUAAACAAUAUUCUUAGCAACUAA